AUAAAUAAUAUAAAGCGGGCGGGGAUUGAGAGUGGCUGAGGGUUUGCAAGAGUGUGGCAAAUAGCAAUCGGAGAGAGAAGAAUGGCGUGGAGAGCCAACCUAUCUCGCAAUCUGAAGGAGCUUCGAGUCCUCUUUUGCCCUGCUUCGCCUGCCAGUUCAUCAGCUAGAAAUUUCAUAGAGAACAAUUACAAGGAUCUGAAGAAGUUGAACCCUAAGCUCCCAAUAUUGAUCCGCGAAUGCAACGGGGUUGAGCCUCAGCUUUGGGCGAGAUAUGAUAUGGGAGUUGAGAGAGGGAUACGUCUGGAAGGAAUGACAGAGGCUCAGAUCUUGAAAGCACUGGAGGACCUUGGAAAAGUUGGUGCAGCUCUUAAAACUUGAUUCUGCUGCUGCUUCCCGGAUUUAAAUAACUCAAUAUCCAUGAAAUCUCUAGAGUGGAUGGAGCUAUCCAACUUUGUAUUUGGACGAUGAAUAUUACCAAGUUGAAAUACUCUGCAUGAAUACUUCGAUUAAUUCAUAAACCAGCAUGUGCCAGUGGCUCUGAUUAAUUCAAAUGCUUUUUACCCUGUUCGGGAGGGGAUCCCGAAUGUUGAUCAUGUUUGGAUUCCAGAAUUUGUAUUAGUGUAUUAAUAAUAUUAUAACCUGUUUUAAGAUUCUAA